AUGAUCUUGGAACUCGAGCUGGGAAUCAGAAUCGCGUCAUGGUUUCUGCGAAAGGCCGCCAUCAUCGACAAACCGUUGUCACUCAUUAUCAUCUACAAGAUACUCAAGGACUACUUUAGCGGCUUCCCGUUUCUCAGCCUCCCGCCUGAAAUUCGAAACAUAGUCUAUCGAGAGACCUUGCUCAAGGAUCGCCUUGUCGCAUCCUUGAGGCAGCCAGGCCUACUUUGUGCAAACAAGCAGAUUCGGGGAGAAGCCCUUGCCAUGUUUUACUCCCAAAACAAAUUCUUUCUGCUCAUAAUUAUCCAAAGCAGCCAAGUCCUCCAGAAAGUCCAAGAAAUCAUCCAGAGCAUGCCCAAGACCAUCGAGGCGCACGUCCGGGACAUCAAAGUCAGUGUACACUACAAAUUAGACGAUCCCAGUCCAUGCAACGAGCAUUUACAGUACUUUUUGGAUCACCUCCCAUACCACUUCAUUCUGGCCGAUCGACAAGUGGGGAGCCCUGAGGCGGAGCGGACAGACUACUCGUCGGCCAGGAAGGACUUCAUCGCAAAACUAUUAGCCGACGGAACUGCGCUUACUCCGGACAUGUGGCGCGAAAUGGACGAGGGAGUCUAUGAUCGUGAGUUGCUCCCUCGGGCCCUAGAGCGAUUCGAUGUCGCCUGGCUCCUGGCGCAUGCUUUUCCCGAGGCAAGAAAAUCCAUUACUACGAUAGCUCAUCUGCCUUUGGGGCUCGCUUACACCUUUUGGUAA